AAUCUAUAUUUAAUGUUAAAUUUAAAUAAUUAAUUAUAUUAUUAAUUCUAUAUAGUCAAUUAUUUGUUGAGAAAAAAAAUAAAAAAUAAAUAUAUUAUAAAUUAAUUAAGAAAGAAAUUGUGAUAUUAAUUCUAAGUGAAAGUUAAAAUUUAAAAAGAAAAUAUACAAAGUGAAACGUAAGACCACGGAAAAGUCCAACUUAUCUCGUAAAGGGUUCGAGUGACUUAAGGGAAAACAUAGUAAAUCACUGCUCCGGGUUAAUCCAAUUUUACGUCAAACCAAACAAAAAUAAAAUACCAAAACAAAGCAUAUUCAUAACCUCCUCUCCAACACACCAUCUCCAUCAUAUCCAAGUCUGAAAAAGGCUUUUGUUUUUUAUAAUCCCUUUCUUAACUGUACAUACAUGAAAUAUUAACCAUCCAACUUACAAACGGGUUGGGUGUUUAAAUUCCUGCUUUUGUUCCGGGUUAAAGUCGGUCGUGAUUAUUUUUUCGUUCGAAACGAAAAAAAAAACUAGAAAACCAAGAAACCAUAUCGAAACAAACAUACAGAAAAAUAAAUUAAAAUAUUCAUAUCAAGCAUAAAAGGAUUCCGAUCAAAUUAUCAUAUCCUUUUUAUACUGUGCAAACAACAUAUCGAUCAAACGGAUUCUAAUUAUCUUUCCAACUGACCCUAAUCAAUUUGUUUGUUUUUAUCUCGUUCGUUAAUGACUUUAUUAUAAGGAACCAACAAGGACACUCGGGAGUCCUUUUUCCUGUCGUCUUCGGUGGUUAUUUUAUCUACAUAAAAAUUAAUCUAUUUAUAUCUGGAAAUUGUCGUGUCUGGAUGUAAAAUUUGAAUAAAGAAAAAAUAACAAAAAACAGAUGAAAAAAAUUCUCGUCCUUGAGUGCAUACAAAUAUAAAAAAGUAUAUAAAUGAAUGUGUUGUAAUUUGUGUGUAAUUCUUCAGCAAAUUAUAAUCUCACCUCAAGUGUUGUCCUGAUUUUCCGAUUUCGUUUUACUAUUCGAUUUAUAGUAAAUUUCUUAUUAUUAUUACCUGCCAUAGUAGAGUGUUGAGUGUGUAUGUGUGUGUUUUUUCCAUUAAGUAGAAAAAAAGUUAAAAAAAUAUCCUUGAAAAAAUAAGGAAUAAAAGUAGUAAAUAAAAAUCUCUUAUAGAAGAAGAAAAAUAAGAAAAAAUCUAAAGUUCCUUUAUAAUGGCGAUGGUAAUAUCGGGUCGGGCGAAAGCUGUUAUCACAGCUCUGAUAAGUUUCUUCCUUCUUGGUAUUGUAUUAGUGACCGGUUCAACAAAAGGAUGGUUCGUACAACAACGUUAUCACGGCGAGAGAGUUGCUGCUAGGAUACAGGCGACAGACGAUAAUGGAAGUGGAUUCCCACCACCACCAAUCAACUCUCCACCUCCUGCUUUCCGAGGACCAAAGGGUGAAAAAGGUGAACGAGGUAUUAAAGGACCACCAGGUGAUAGUAUACGUGGUCCACCAGGACCACCUGGGCCACCUGGUCCAAAAGGCGAAGCUGGUCCAUAUGCACCCUAUGUUGACUUUCCAACGUCAAUGGAUGGUAUAUUUAACGGAAAGUGUACAUGUAAUGCGUCUGAUAUCCUAGAAGCACUAAAAGACAGCGAAACACUGCGUGAAUCAAUACGAGGACCACCCGGUUUACCGGGUAAAGAAGGAAAGACAGGUGCUCCUGGACUCACGGGUGCUACUGGGGUACCAGGUGAACGCGGUGCCCCCGGUCCUAAGGGCGACCGCGGCGAUAGGGGCGAUCCUGGUGCUCGUGGUCCCGAGGGUCUUCAGGGCAAGAAGGGUGAGCCCGGCUUGGAUGGGAUGCCUGGAGUGGCAGGUCCACCCGGUCCAGCUGGGCCACCCGGUCUUCCGGAUAACUACGAUGAAUCACUGAUGGUAAAUUCUAUGCCUGGACUAAGGACGAGUACACCUGGGCCGAAGGGUGAUGCUGGUGAAAAAGGUGACAUCGGCCAACAGGGAGAACGAGGCCAGCCAGGCCCAAAGGGCGAGCGUGGUACAGCGGGAGCAUCCGGCGCAAAAGGUGACAGGGGUCAUCCGGGGCCACAUGGCCCAGGAGGCAUCAAAGGUGAGCCAGGUCAACCUGGUUUGCCUGGACUUUCCGGACCACCAGGUGCAACUGGACUUAAGGGAGACAGAGGUAUGCCGGGAGAUAUUGGACCUGUGGGGCCUGCGGGUCCUCCAGGCACAGUCAUUUACACAGACACACAGAUGAACACCACACAGUGCACAUGUCCGGCGGGUCCUCCGGGCUCCAUGGGGCCGAGAGGCUCUACGGGUUCACAGGGUGCGACGGGAGAACCAGGGCCGGCUGGACCGGCCGGUCUCACAGGUCUGCCAGGUAUAAAAGGAGAAAAAGGAGAACGGGGACUGAAAGGCAGUGCUGGGUCGAAGGGCGACCGAGGACCAGAAGGACCACCCGGACAAGCGUUCUUCGGAGGCGAGGGCAUGAUGUUGAAUGGCACCAAAGGUGAAAAGGGUGAGAAAGGCAUGCGUGGCAGACAUGGCAAACAGGGACCUAGUGGCCCAAUAGGGCCACCUGGCGUUCCUGGCCUUCCCGGAGAAAUGGGACAUCCUGGACGCACUGGGCUCAAGGGUGAAUCAGGCCAAAAGGGACAAAAAGGUGAUUUCGGUGGCAAAGAAGGGAUGAAAGGAGAUAAAGGAGAUCGAGGUGAUGAUGGAAGAACGGGCUCCCCUGGUCCACCGGGAUUGCCAUCAGCAACACCACCAAUACCUGGACCACCAGGUCCACCGGGGCCACCUGGACCACCUGGUAUGCCUGGCAUUUCGAUAGUUGGGCCAAAAGGUGAUCCAGGUAUGGAAUAUCGAAGUUUUGGUCGAGUAGAUGGACGAUCGCCGUUAGAUGAAAUCAAAGCGAUUCGAGAACUUCAAAACCUUAAGGAUUAUCCUGAAAGUACUGCCGGACCACCAGCAGGAAGACAGGAUGAACUGCCCUCAUCAGCGUCGUCAACAUCAUCGAAUAUGAGAUUUGUACCAGGUGCUUUAACAUUCGCUAACAUUGAAGAAAUGACCAAGAAGUCAGCUAUGAGUCCUGCCGGAACGAUAGCCUACAUAACAGAGGAAGAAGCGCUCCUAGUGCGGGUAAACAAAGGAUGGCAGUACAUUGCGCUGGGAAGUUUACUGCCAAUAGCUGUGCCAGCUCCACCAACGACGUUAUCGCCACCAGCAAGACCGGAUUUGCAAUCAUCAAAUCUCCUAAACAAUCUACCCCAACCACUGGAAAGUGGUCCACACUUUACAAUAUCACCGGAAUAUGAAACGUGGUAUCCCCGAAUGCUUCGUAUCGCAGCACUAAAUGAGCCACAUUCUGGCAACAUCGAAGGCAUACAUCGUGCCGACUUCCAGUGUCACAGACAGGCGAGAAAAGCUGGCCUUGUUGAAGAGGCAUUCAGAGCCUUCCUCUCUGCGAGAACACAACAUAUUUAUUCAAUAGUUCGAGAGAGUGAUCGCAAUCUGCCGGUUGUGAAUACACGAGGAGAUGUCCUCUUUAGUUCCUGGAUGAGUAUAUUCAAUGGACAAGGUGGAUUCUUUUCGCAAGCACCUCGAAUUUACAGUUUCAGUGGGAAGGAUGUACUAACUCAUCCGCAGUGGUCACAAAAAGUUGUUUGGCAUGGAUCGCAUCUAAAUGGCGAACUAGCUCAGGAAAUGUAUUGUGAUGCAUGGAUGUCAUCAUCCAUGGACAAGGUCGGUUAUGCCAGCAGUCUGCUGGGGAAUAAAUUAAUAGACGAGGAAACGUACUCCUGCAAUAAUCAAUUUAUUAUCCUAUGCAUUGAAGUUGUGCCGAAGAACCAACGAAGGAAACGAGAGCUUGACUCUGAAAGAAGAGGACGAAACUUUGAAACGGCAGAAGAAUAUGCUGAAUAUCUUAAAAAUAUCACUUGAGAUGACUUUAAUUUAUGUAAUUAAAACAAAAAAAAAAAAAAACAAACAUACCAAAUAAAUAAAAGAAAAACCAAGAAUAAAAAAUAAAAACAAAAAAAAAUAAACAAACAAACAAAAAGGACUGUGCCAUAAUGAGAAAGAUGAUGUUUCCAAAAGAAAAACCAUCAACAGGUUGGUGUUGCUUAGUUUCUACCUUCAAUCCAAAGCAACCCCCACCCCCCAUUAAAAAAAAACCCAACCAAAAAACAAACACCACUCAACGCAAUGAAAACAAAGAACCUGAGAAAUAUUGCUUCGAGAAUUAUUAUAAAAAGCAACCUCCCUUCUCCUCGUUAUAUUUUUUAAUUAAAAAUAAAACAAUACAAACAACAAAAUUCUUGGCUAUCGUUAAAUUAUAAAA